CGCUCCCGGCUCCUGCCGCAGCUCCGCUCCCCUCGCAGCCGAGCCAUGGAGGGGGGAGCAGCCGGGGACCCCCGCGGGCUCUGGGGGAACCCCCCGGCAGGGACCGGCCUUGUCCCACGCAGGCUCCGCACCGUGGGAUCGCCCCCCGGAGCCGCCCCCCUGUCCCGGCCGCCGGUGCUGAUCCUGCAGCAGCUCCCCGGGCCCGGGGCCGCCCCCGCGGGACCCCCGCCCGUCCGGGGAGCAGAUUUGAUGGAAUUGAUGCUGAUUCAAAGCUCCCAAAUGCACCAGCUGCUGAUGCAUGGCCUGGCCAUGGCAGCUUUGAUGCCCCUCAGUGUGGGGCCAGUCCCAGUCCCAGCCCAGGUGCUGCCGGGGCCUCCGCAGGGCGAGGAGGAAGAGGAGGCCGUGGUUUUCCACCAUCACUACAUCCCCUGGCCCGGCCCGCGCCCCGUGCGGUUCCUGCGCUCCCCGCCCGGGCCCGGGGGCAGAGCUGUGCCACCCCCGCCACCCCCCAGCGCCACCGGGACAGUGGGACCCAGCGUCCUCCCAGCAGCAGGGUACUACAGCGCCGAGGAGCGGGGCCUGGGAGCUGUGCCUGCCGAUCCCUCGGUCCCGGAUGGACACUCCGCCAUUCCCACGGUUUCGGGGUGUUUUCCCGGCUGUCAGCGCCCCAGGGCAGGGGUGUCACAGCGCUGUCACAGCCCGUGACACCCCGAGGUGGCACAGGCUGUGCCGUGUCCCCGGGGCCAGGGGGUGGCCCCAGCCCAGGUGGUCCCAGCCUUCAUUAGUCCCUCCAGCUCUCAAAGCAGCGUUGCCUGUAAUUAAUUUGCUUUGUUAGGAGAGCGCCCUGCUGUCGCUAAUUAAUCAUCUGUAAUUACAUGGGCUGGUGG